GCGUGUCUACGUGACGUACAUAUGGUGAUACCGGAGGCUUCAGAACGAGGGUCUAGAGUCCUCAUGAUGUGUCUUUAUGACUUGGAACAAGAAGUGUUGUACUCAGUAAAGUGGUAUCGAGGUGAUAGAGAGUUCUGCCGAUAUUCUCCAAGAGACGUGCCCCCGUUAAAGAUUUUUCCUAUUAGGGGAAUCGAUGUAGACAGAGACGAGACGGACUCAAAGCGGCUUACCAUCACGAACGCCACAGAAGUAGCGAACGGGCGGUACACAUGUGAAGUGUCCGCCGACGCGCCGUCAUUUCAAACAGCUCAGGUCCAUGGACUUAUGUAUGUUGUAGAUCUGCCCACUUCAGACCCGACUUUAACAGGCAUCAAACGCCGAUACAAACCCGGCAUGAAGCUAAAGGCGGAGUGCAUCAGCCCAAACUCAAUGCCAGCUGCGAACCUCUCCUUCUUCAUCAACAAUGAGCCGGCAUCAUCACAGCAUGUCUGGCACAGAGUGGAUGGAGACAAAGCUGGUCUUAUGACUGCCUACAGCACGAUACAUUUCGUGGUCCAGAAGCACCACUUUGUUCGAGGAAAACUAAAGGUCCGGUGUACAGCAAUAAUAUACACAAUAUACAGGAAGAGCGAAGAGAAGUGUGCAGAAGAAGAGCGGGUACGAACGACGCCUGCUAGUCCACCCGAGAUCCAUGAAGCUGUAAUAUACUCUGUACAUCGUCGGCUACCAGAGACCAAAGAGCCGGAGCCGUCACGAGCCGCAUCAGCAGCUUUUCAAAGGAACGUCGCAAUCAUCUUUCUCUUUAUACCAUUCGUGAUUAGAUAAGCAUUUAAUCAACUUUAUAGCUAGCUACAAUAAAACACUUUGUGUUCUACUGAUUUGUUGAUACUGAAGAGUUUUUAUAUGAACGAAAUGAUUAAUCGUUUCACACUUGUGGUACGCACGCGGUUUUCUGACAAUACAAAAGUAUAUAGGAGCGGCUAUUAAUCUUGCUGCUGCUGCCUGUGUUAACGACUUUAAUCGCAUCUCUAAAGAAAUGAAAUGAACAAAAAAAAUCACCACGGCACUUGAUCCAUUGAGAGAAGUGUUACCAAAAAUUAGCACUACAAGAUGUAACUUGGUUCAUACAACAUGGUUAUGUUUACUACUGACUACCGCUUAACUGAGUUAGUUCCUGAGGUAGUUGCGCGGUGCGGGAGGAGUAACAGUUUACGUAACACUUAUGUCGAGCUGCACACGGGAUUAUUUCAACAAGUUGAUUGAAAAAAAGCUCCAAAUGCUUUUGAAUUAAUUUCUACUAUCAAUGAAAUAGAUUUUUUAUCUUCGUUUCAUAUAACAACAAUUGACUAAUUU